AUGUCGUCUGUAAAGCCCUCGUACAUGGACCUCAUCCGACAAAAUGGCUCCUUCACACCAGGCUCGUCCUCAAACAUCAAACAGGACGCCAGGACCUCCCUUUCCAUGCAGGCACAGGCCGGCAGCCUUCCCGCCAACGACAACCACAAGCAAAAGGGCCAAAAGGCAUCCAGGGCCAGCGCUCCUCCCACCGGCAACAUGGCUUACGACCUCCAGGGCAUCGGCAGCUGGGCGGAUAAGGGCUGA